CAAUUUCUAUUUCUAUAUAACUAACGUCUACUUUGUAACUCCUUGAGUUUGACUAAUGUUUGGGUCAAGCAAGGUUUCUGUCGAUGCAGGCGACAAUUCUCGAGUGAGCAUAAUACACUUCGAAUGUGACACGUGACUGUUGGUUCAUAGACAGCGUAGUACGGUUAACUAUCUACUUCAAUGCUUAACUUGAACGCUUCAAACUCCAUACCUCCGAAUACUAUGUCUGUCUCUACACUAUUGUGGGGGAAGGCCGAAACGAAUCAAAUCUCGCAACUUCUUGUUCUAAAGCAUGGUCAAAAACGGGUCAUGGUUAAACGGCAAAGGUCGUAUAAUCUGAUGCUUGACUCCGCAUGCAAACAUUUCCCAAGCAUUCCGAGACAUGCUGUCUCGUUGCAGACCAAUCAACUCGAUAUCUGUGAUGGCCACUAUGUGGACAUCACGGCUGAAAUAUGGGACAAUGUUAUUGAUUUGCUAAACUGCAUCGAAGUGACCCAUGCGGAAAUGACAUUACCCGUCCCACCGCCCUGCUUUGAUACCUGGCCUAUUUCAUCGCCUGGCAAUCAAUCGGCGCCAAGUCAGACUAACAGACAAGACAGCUCGGAUGACGAAAAAGUCACAAUCAACGUUGUUUUUCCAUCUGGCGAGAUUCGUUCUACCACAGUCUCGAGGGCGACGCGGGUGGACCAACUUGUUGCUGAUGCCAGUCAUAUCAUCGGAUGUAGUCCCAUUGGUGUCAAGGCAGUUUGGGGUGGGGCAAUAAUGCGCGAAGACUGGAAUAUCGAAUCGUACAACAUUAAGAACGGUGACACCAUCAAUCUUCGGGAGCUACCCCGAUUUGCAAAACCGGUCAUUUAUCUAUACUCUCCCUCCGAUAUCGAUGUUUCUGUCAAACUUUCUCUCAGUCCUGUGUGGAGUCUCUCUGUCAUUUAUCCCGUUGUUCCCACAAAAAAUCACGGACAACAUAUAGAAUGGAAUGCCCGUACCCAUGAAGAUGGAAAUCUGACGGAAAAUAUUUCUGGUUUAGAUGUGGCGUACUUGUUCUGGGAGGCGGAGCCAAAUUUGCAUGCACCCCCACCGGCAUCCAAACCGCAACCGUUGGAUACAUUCAGUCCCACAUCCAGCAGUCUCAGCGAUACGGAUUCAAUCGUCAUUCCAGUGGACAAAGUCUCUGUUUACCUCGAUAAAGCACUCAAGGUUUUGGGACUUCACACAGAAGCUAGAACAUCGUUCAUCACCUACUGGCUACCAUAUUUCCUUAAGCACGAAUACAUUGCCCUCCGAUUUGUCCCUCAAUCGGUGUAUGAACGCGCCGCUUCUUUAAGCAUUUCGCCGCAGCCUGACAUCGUGACUCGCGUAUUCAUGCUGUUCAAAGGCGUCGGUAAGGAGCACUUGGAAAAUUGGUCGAACGCACAGAUGCAAGCAGAGAAAGACGUUGCUUGGUGGGUGGAUGUAGUUGGAGUUGAUUUUGCAAGAGCCAGUGAUGCGGCUUUGUUCAGGGUGUUGGAAUGGGGCGGUAUGGAGGUUCGCGUUUGAUGUUCUACCGCUGGAUUCUUCAAUGUAUGUAGGUGUAGGUAUAGGUGUAUGUGUUAGGUUUAGGUAUAUGAGUAGGUGUUAUUGCAUCUUGUCUUCAUCGGUUC